GCUUGCGAGGCUUUGAUUGGCUCAGAGGCUGCUGCCCGCUUAUUGGUUGCCAUAGGUCGUCACGGAGACCUAGGGGGUUGGGCGGAGAAGGGUGUUGGGCCUGGCGGGAGUGCUGAGGCUUGCUGGCGGCCGGGCUGCUCCCCUGGGCGGUGUCCGGGGAGCUGUUGGCCGAGUCAUCCUGGCUUCCCGCCACCCUCUGAGAGGUGUCUGAGCGAGUGGGGUCCACUACCAAGACCCUUAGGCCGCACCAUGGGCUGCUGCUUCACUAAGAGGAGGAAGAGUGAAAAGGCUGAGGGAGAGGAGGAGCAGCCCAAGCUGUACAGCUGGGACCAGCGGGAGAAGGUUGAUCCAAAAGAUUACAUGUUUAGUGGACUGAAGGAUGAAACAGUAGGUCGCUUACCUGGAAAAGUGGCAGGACAACAAUUUGUCAUUCAAGACUGUGAGAACUGUAACAUCUAUAUUUUUGAUCACUCAGCUACUAUUACCAUUGAUGACUGCACUAACUGUGUAAUUUUUUUGGGACCAGUGAAAGGCAGUGUGUUUUUCCGAAAUUGUAGAGAUUGCAAGUGCACAUUGGCUUGCCAACAAUUUCGUGUGAGAGACUGUAGAAAGUUGGAAGUCUUUUUGUGCUGUGCUACUCAACCCAUUAUUGAAUCUUCCACAAACAUCAAGUUUGGCUGUUUUCAAUGGUACUAUCCUGAAUUAGCAGCCCAAUUCAAAGAUGCAGGCCUCAGUAUCUUCAAUAACAUAUGGAGUCAUGUUCAUGAUUUUACACCUGUGUCAGGAGAGCUCAACUGGAGCCUUCUUCCAGAAAAUGCCGUGGUUCAAGACUAUGUUCCUAUUCCAGUGACUGAAGAAUUCAAAGCUGUACGAAUUUCCACAGAAGCCAAUAGAAGCAUUGUUCCUGUAUCCCGGGGUCAGAGACAGAAGUACAGUGAUGAAUCAUGUCUUGUGGUAUUAUUUGCCGAUGAUUAUACAACUGCAAAUGCCAGGAAACUAAUUGAUGAGAUGGUUGGUAAAGGCUUUUCCCUAGUGCAGACAAAGGAAAUGUCAAUGAAAACUGAAGACGCCCAAAGGGUUUUCCAGGAAAAGGCAUCAGAUUUUUUCCUUCUUCUAGACAAAGGUCCUGUGAUUGCCUUGGAAUUUAAUGGAGAUGACGCUGUACAAGAAUGUCACCUUAUUGUAAAUGGGAUAUUCAACGGGACAAAGAUGUUUGUAUCAGAAAAGAAGGAGACCGCAUCUGGAGAUGUUGAUAGCUUCUAUAACUUUGCUGAGAUCCAGAUGGGGAUAUGAAGCGGAUUGUGGUAUUAAGCCCCUUCCAUCCUUUAUAUACAGACAGUUUGAUAAUAUCCUUACAUAUGUUAGUCACUUAGCAAUUAGUAAUUUUUACUAAUGCUAUAAUUGUUAAAAGCUAUUUUUAAAUAACUCUUUAAAUACCAUAUCAUUUACUUGAGUAUCUAAAAUAAUUCAUUUAAAUUGAGUAGUUUUAAUCAUCUUAUAAACUAUUUAAUUUGCUUCAAUAAGCUUGCAGUUUUAUUUCUUUUCAUACAAUAGUCUUAUUAGGAAAUGAUCAUGAUUUUAUUCCUAAUUAAAAGUUCUUUCAUAUCUCUGGUAAUUUAAACUUUCCAACUUACCUUAGUGCUCUAUGAUAAUUCAUUUAAGAAUAUAUUUUGUUUCUUAUUUUCUCUUUUAAUUUAGAGGAAUUUGUUACUAGGUGAAAUUAAAUAAGCCUAUGCACUUUAAAAAAUAUAUACAUAGCCAGUUAAAUAAUAAUUUCCUUCUUGCAUUAUAUGACUAAUGGGAUUUUGUACAUGGAGUUGACAUACUAUUUUGUAAAUUGGGAGAUUUUUAAAAAAUGGGUAUUUGAAAGCUGAAUGUGGUCAUGGCGUCUGUAGUCCCAGGCUACUUGGGAUGCCUAAGUGGAAGAAUCACUUGAGUUCAGGAGUUCAAGAACAGCUUUGGCAAGUAAGACUCUAUUAGAAAGAAAAAGCAAAGAUAACCAGCUUUGCAAAUACUUCUAACUGAUCCUGGCAUUGCUGUUUUAAGGACUACUUCCAAGUAGUACAGCUGAUUUCUAAGAACAACUGCCAGAUGAUUCUCCAGUUUUCUAAUAAGAAAAAGUUAGAUACAACAUAAAACUAUAGAACACCAAUGACCAAGCUGGGCGUGGUGGCGCACGCCUUUAAUGCCAGCAUUCGGGAGGCAGAGGCAGGCUGAUUUUCUGGGUACGAGGCCAGCCUGGUCUGAGUGAGUUUCAGGACAAACAGGGCUAUACAGAGAAACCCUGUCUCGAAAAACCAAACAACAACAACAAAAAGAACACCAAUGAGCAACAGCUUUGACAGAGGUGAUCACUGUCUGUGACUAGCUGUUGUGACUAGCAAGAGACCUAGAGCAAAUCUUAUGACUUUUAAGUAAGGAACACUUAGGUAUGAUGAUAAUCUAGACAGGUUAUUCAAAAUCUCCAUCCAUUUUUUUUUCUCAUGAUUAAAGUUUUGGUUACUUGAAACCAUUAUUUCUCAAUUCCAUUUGAUAAUAGUAACUUCCUGAAGGAGGAGUGGGAAUUGUUCAGAAAUACACAUUGAUGGAUCCAGUCUAAAGGUGCACAGAUUCAGUUUUCAAGGGAAACUGAAAUAGGGUGUAUUGUUAUCUAAACUAAUCAGUUCUGAAAGUGCUGAUAGGGCGAUUUUAUCAUAUUUGGCAGGGAACAGGAACAGCUUUCAUAGGCUCAUUUACAGGAAUCAAAAUGGAAACUUUUAUUUUUAUAAAACUGAGAUUGAAAAUGGCCACUUGUAAAAAUUCCUUCCAUGGUUGUUACCAAAAGUGUAUUUUCCUGUUUAAAGUGGUUUUGGAAACUUUCAGGCCAACUUCUAACUAUCAUGUUGAAUUGUAAAUGUGUAGAAAUAAUGCUUUUUUAUUUUGAAUUAAUAAUAUUGAGUACCUACACUGUGUCUAGCCUACUAUCAGCAUUUCAACAUUUCUUUUAUUAUAAGAGCAUCAUGUUCUACAGAGUCAAUAUGAUCUCAUAAGGUGCAAAUAAAAACUGCUGGCAGGGCAGGUAUAAUAAUUUCUAUCAUAGUUUACAAAUGGACUUUGCAAAUAGUGAUCAGAGGCAUUAACGUUUCCCUGAGCUAAGCUAAAUUAAAUGCAUUCUUUUCUGCCUUGAUUAUAUUACUAAUUUUCUUUACCCACUUUUGAAUUAAUCUCAAUACUUGCUAUUUCAAAACUGAAAUGCAAUGUUAUAAGGGGCUAUACAUUGAGUUUUUAUCGUAUCAAUACGAUGUGUAAAAACUCAAGAAUAUUAUAUAAAGGAGACAUUAAAGAUUUUCCCACCAAAUUUAGUAUGUUAACCAAAACCUGAAACUUUAUAUCCAUUUAGAUAGGAACUUUUUACAAGUACUUUUAUGUUGUUUUUGCAAGUCUAGACUUCAAUAGUAAUCAUAAUAUACUAACUACAUUUUAUUUCUGAAUAGUUUUUAAAUUCAUGAAAAAUUAAUAGCCAUGAAAACUGAUUUUUAUUGUCAUAUUUGUUUAAGCAUCUUAUUAGUUUACUUCUCUUGCAUUAAUAGUACUGCUAUAUUUUGGGUCUGUAUAUUUAUAUGUAGCAUUUAUAUGUAAAUUUAUCUAGUGUUUUAAAAAUGUGCUUUGAAAUAAAUGUUAAAAUUAAAA